AUGGAAAGGGACCGGGGCUCCGUAGUGUCGGGCGGAAUGAUUGCCCUCUACAAGAGGAGGGCACGGAGAAAGAAGAAGUCUUCAGAUUGCGGCAGAUGUUCUACAGCCCUGGAAGAGGGCGAAGAUGUGGGAAAAGGACGAAGACCCGCAAGAGGGCGAAGAAAAGAAAAUGGUCAAAUCAACAAUUCAACAAUUUUCAAGUUUCAAAUUUCACAAUAA